UCCGUCCGCCCCUCCACCACACACUCCCGACAACAAUGUGCUCCACUGGAUGCUGCUCCACGGGAUGCUGCUCCGUCGUGAAGACCAAGACCGUGUGCUGCAGCCCCUGCCAGAAGAGCGUGUGCUGCAGCCCCUGCCAGAAAACCGUGUGCUGCGAGCCGUGCCAGAAGAGCGUGUGCUGCAGCCCCUGCCAGCAGUCCUGCUGCUGCGACCCGUGCCAGAAGAGCGUGUGCUGUGACCCGUGCCAGACCUGCUGCGACCCGUGCCAGAAGCCUUGUUGUGACCCGUGCCAGACUGUGUGUUGUGACCCGUGCCAGACCUGCUGUGAUCCAUGCCAGAAGCCCUGCUGUGAUCCGUGCCAGAAGCCCUGCUGUGACCCGUGCCAGACCUGCUGUGAUCCAUGCCAAAAGCCCUGCUGUGACCCGUGCCAGACCGUGUGUUGUGACCCGUGCCAGAAGCCUUGUUGUGACCCGUGCCAGAGCUGCUGUGACCCGUGCCAGAAGCCUUGUUGUGACCCAUGCAAGACUGUGUGCUGUGACCCGUGCCAGACCUGCUGUGAUCCAUGCCAGAAGCCCUGCUGUGAUCCAUGCAAGACCGUGUGCUGUGACCCGUGCCAGAAGCCUUGUUGUGACCCGUGCCAGACCGUGUGCUGUGACCCGUGCCAGAAGCCCUGCUGUGAUCCAUGCAAGACUGUGUGUUGUGACCCGUGCCAGACCUGCUGUGACCCGUGCCAGACCUGCUGUGACCCAUGCCAGAAGCCCUGCUGCGAUCCAUGCCAGACUGUGUGCUGUGACCCAUGCCAGAAGCCCUGCUGUGACCCGUGCCAGAGCUGCUGUGACCCAUGCCAGAAGCCCUGCUGCGACCCGUGCCAGAGCUGCUGUGACCCGUGCCAGAGCUGCUGUGACCCAUGCCAGAAGCCCUGCUGCGACCCGUGCCAGUCCGUGUGCUGCAACCCGUGCCAGUCCGUGUGCUGCGAGCCGUGCCAGCAGCCCGUGUGCUGCACCAAGGUGUGCCAGAAGUCGGUCUGCUGCGUGCCACGGCCCUGCUGCUGCUCCUCCUGCUGCUCCUACGUGGUGAAGAAGAAGCCCGUGGUGGUGUGCUGCAGUCCCGUGCAGUGCUGCACCUCCGUCAGGAAGUGCUGCGUGCCCUGCAUCCCCAUCCAGCAGUGCUGCAUCAAGAAGAGCUGCUGAGCCGCCCCUGGGGGUGGCAAAGGCACCUCUGCCAGCUCCAGCAACGAG